GAAUUUAGCAAGUGCCCACGUUUGUAGUCUGCUAGGAACUUGCUUUCAUGAAACAUGUAAUAACAUUGCGCUUCAUGGCAUGAAAUUGAAAUUGAUAAACGAUCUGCGCUAAUAUAAAUGGCUAGAGCACGACUAAAGGGUUGGAGAUUCGGAGCUCUUUUUGCUGGUAUGAUUGCUGCAGUUGGUGGAACUUUAUAUUUUACAGCUAUUCAACCUAUGCUAAAUCCAGAACCUUAUAAACAAAUGAGAGAACAGGUGGUUCCAAAAUUACCAAAAAGGACAACAUAAAAUUGAAGUAGACGAUGAAGAAUGAUCAAAAUAAUAGAUUUUUAAAUUAUUUUUAUAAAUUUUUAUUGCAUAAUGCAAAAUUGUA